CUAACUGGACUAUAGACUGAAAAUAGAAUCAUCCAAACUUAUCUAUAUACAUAUAUAUUUCUCUGUAUGCUUUGAAUGAUGCUUGACAACACAAUUCCAUUGUGAGUUCUCUCGUUAUUAUAAAUUCUUUGUUCAAGCGGAAGAAGUAUUCUUCUCUACGGUGUGAAUUUCAGCCGCAGCACCCGCUUCAAGAGAAGAUGGGUCUCUACCGUGGUGGAACCCAGGUUCCAGUCUUGUUGAUCUUAUCAUCGGUACUCAUCAUCGGUGUGUAUGGACAAGGAUCCACCACACUUGUUCCGGCUAUCAUCACGUUCGGUGAUUCGUCAGUGGAUGUGGGCAACAAUGACUAUGUUACAACCUUCUUCAAAGCUAAUUACCCUCCCUAUGGCAGAGAUUUCAUCAACCGUAAACCUACUGGAAGGUUCUGCAAUGGAAAACUAGCCACUGACAUCACUGCUGAGACUCUGGGCUUCACCACGUACCCUCCAGCCUAUCUUAGCCCCCAAGCGUCCGGGAAGAACCUUCUAAUUGGAGCAAACUUUGCCUCCGCUGGAUCCGGCUACGAUGACAAAACCGCUUUGUUAAGUCACGUGAUCCCAUUGUCACAACAAUUGGAGUAUUUCAAGGAAUACCGGAGAAAGCUAACCAAGGUGGCUGGUAUCAGAAAAGCGGCGUCCAUAACCAAGGACGCACUGUACCUAGUGAGCGCCGGUCCCAGUGACUUUCUUCAGAACUACUACGUCAAUCCCUACGUUAACAAAGUUUAUACUCCCGAUGAGUACGCAUCGUACCUUGUCGGCAUCUUCUCCAGCUUCAUAAAGAACUUGUAUGGGUUGGGAGCUAGAAGAAUUGGCGUGACUUCACUCCCUCCGUUGGGCUGCCUUCCGGCCGCAAUCACUUUGUUUGGGUUUGGAAACAAUGGAUGUGUCACGAAGAUCAAUACGAAUGCCCUUGGCUUCAAUAAGAAGAUUAAUGCAGCCAUGACACAGCUUAAGAAGGAACACUCUGACCUCAAAAUUGCCGUCUUCGACAUUUACAAGCCUUUAUAUGAUGUCAUUCGAUCUCCUUCUAAAUAUGGAUUUUUCGAGACAAGGAAGGGUUGCUGUGGAACAGGAAUCAUAGAGACGACAUCGUUUUUGUGCAAUCCCAAGUCACCGGGGACAUGCCCCAAUGCCACCCAGUACGUGUUCUGGGACAGCGUCCACCCAUCUCAGGCUGCCAAUCAGGUUCUCGCAGAUGCGUUGGUUCUCCAAGGCAUCUCACUUAUCGGAUAACCCAAGUCCUAAAAUGAUUAUAUUUUUUCUUAGUGUACUGCUUUCCUUUUCUUUUUACUAGUCUGCUAUCUGGGUGUGAAUGUCUUUAAUUUGUAUGAAGGAAGAUGUGGAAAUAUCUUUAUAAUAAAUCUGUUUGUCUCUUUUCUUUUUUUUU